CUGUUGCUCUCAUGCCCUGUCAUAGGAUUUGAUGGAUGCCCUGGGGAAAACCAGGGGCACGGCUGGGCCUGACGUGCCAAGUACCUGGUGGUGCAGCCGGAAACUCACGGAUCUGAGCGGCGAGGGUUGGCUGGUCGCGAGCAGCCAGAAGAAUUCCACGGACUUUGAUGAGAAACUGGGGACAUCCCCAGGAGUCUGGACCGGUGGAGAGAUGGCUAACCCCGUCCCGUCAGCCUGCUGCGUGGUGCUCGCCGCAGUGGUGGUGGUGUACGCUCAGAGGCACAGCCAGCAGGACAGCCACAUCCAGUAUGAGCGGGUAGGCGCGGACGUGACCAUGAAGUGUGGCUCCAUGGACUGGGAUGCGGCCGUGACCUGGACGGCCAAUGGCACCGACAUCGACGACUCCCACCUGAAUGGCUCGUACCUGAUCCUGAAGAACGUGGACCUGACGCAGAGCGGCCAGUACUCCUGCUACGAGGGCUCCUCCUGGCACCUCAAGUAUCAGACCUACCUGAGGGUGGGAACUCCACCGAAAGAGCCAGUGCUGAUGUGCCGGUCCAACAACUACCCGAAGGGUUUCUACUGCAGCUGGCACCUGCCCAGCCCCACCUACAUCCCCAACUCUUUCAACAUCUCCGUCAUACAUGGCACGAGAGAGAUGGUCUGCGAGAAGGACAUCUUUCCCAAAAACAGGUGUCACAUCAGAUACCUCCAGCUCUUCUCGACGGUGAAGUACAAGGUGACUCUGACAGUCACGAAUGCUCUGGGCAAAAACUCCACCUCUCUCACCUUUGACGAGUUCGCCAUAGUAAAGCCAGACCCUCCAGAGAGCGUGGUGGCCAAGCCCGUGCCCAAUAACCCCCGGCGGCUGGAGGUGGCAUGGCAAAACCCCUCGUCCUGGCCCGACCCCGAGUCCUUCCCGCUCAAGUUCUUCCUGCGGUAUCGGCCCCUCAUCCUGGACCAGUGGCAGCACGUCGAGCUGUCGGAUGGGACGUCUCACACCAUCACGGACGCCUAUGCAGGCAAGGAGUACAUCAUCCAGGUGGCCGCCAAAGACAACGACAUCGGCACGUGGAGCGACUGGAGCGUGGCUGUCCAUGCCACCCCCUGGACAGAGGAGCCCAAGCACCUCACCACGGAGGCCCAGAUCACUGAGACAACGAGCACCAGCACCUCCUCUUUUGUGCCACCCCCCACCACUAAAAUCUGCGACAAGGGGGCCGUGGUGGGCAGCGGGGCCGUGGCAGUGUGUUGGACAGCUGGACUGGUCUUGGCUGCUUAUGGUGUCCUCUUUAUUUAG